AUGGAAGGCGAUGACCAGCAGCCCACCGGACCCUUUGAAGGACCCGAAAAGCUGCUCGAGAUUUGGUUUGCCCCGUCCCCCGCCCAUGUCGCCGGCGCGUUCGCCACCAGUGAAGGUAGAUUCGGACUCAGGAAGGUCCCUCGGCAGGUGUGGGCCGACAUGCUCGACAUCGUCAAGUGCAAGAUCCUCUCGGUCGUCGAGGGUACGGAGAUGGCCGCCUAUCUCUUGAGUGAAUCCUCUCUGCUCGUCUCUUCCCAUAAACUCAUCCUCAAGACCUGCGGCACGACCCUCAACCUCCUCGGCCUCCCGCGUAUCCUCGAGAUCGCGCGCGAGCACGCCGCCCUGCCGUCUGUCUACCGCUGCUUCUAUUCCCGCAAGGCGUUCAUGUUUCCUGAGCGCCAGGUGGGCCCGCACCGCGAUUGGAAGGCCGAGAUCGACUACCUUGACCAGAUCUUUCCCAAUGGCUCCGCAUACACGGUCGGCAAAGUCAACGGUGAUCACUGGCUCCUGUACAUGACUACUCCAGGAGAGGCUUCGCGAGGCACCACGCGCUCCAACACGCCCAUCGAGCCGGCGAUUCCCCCUCCCGACGAGGAAGACGCGGAGCCUCCUCCUUCAGUAGCCGAGGAAUCAGACGAGCCGCUCCAGGACUAUACCAUCGAGAUCCUCAUGACGCAUCUCUCACCUUCCGCCUGCGCACCGUUCAUGACGAGCGAGACGGCCCCAGAGGGCGAGACGUUCGACCCCUCCGCACACGCGAUGGCGCUCUCCGCGCAGCUGGGCAUCUCUGACCUCUUCCCGCCACAGCUCACGACGCUCGAUGCAUACUCCUUCGACCCAUGCGGCUACUCGUGCAACGCUUUGCUGCGGUGGUGCGAGGACGAGGACGAGCCUGCGCGUACGGUGGAGGGGUAUUACACGAUCCAUGUCACGCCCGAGGACGGCUCGUCCUAUGCGAGCUUUGAGUGCAACGUGCCGCUGCCGAUGACGCCGUCCGAGCAGGCAGGCUGCAUUCCCGAUUUAAAAACGCUUGUACGGCGCGUAAUGGAGAUCUUCCAGCCAGGGCGGCUCACGCUCACGCUAUUCGUAUCGAGCGCGGACAACGAGACGGCGGAGGAGGAGGACGGCGAAAGUGCGGUCGAAGCGGCGCAGCGCGCGUUCAAGUCUGCGCUGACGCUUCCGCCGCCCGGGCCCGGCGCGUGUGCGGGCCUGUACAAGCGCACGGACAAGAUCAACUACGAGUUUGGGGGAUACGAUCUUGCGUUUGCUACGUUCGAGAGACGGCCAUGA